UGAAGAAAGAAUUCUGAGAGUCUCCAUAAAAUAUGAAGGAAUAAGUAAAGUGAAGCUGAAGAGACACAUAUUUGAACUCAAAACGUAUGCUACUUCUAAUCUACUACUAAUCUACUACUAAUCUACUAUAUCCUCUUCUCCUCCAUUAUCACUAUCUUGUACAAUGAUCAUCAAUGGUGAAGAUGUUGCUCCUUCUUUCUGGGGUCUAAAAGUUUCGCCGGAAAAUCCCCAAACGGUGAUUGUUCGCCAUCGCCUCCUUAUUAAUCGGGCCACUUUGGGGUUGUCUAGUGAUGAGUUGAUCAAAAAUAGAAGUAUACUUUCUUGCAAAAUUGCAGACAAACCAGAGGUAUAUCUAUGCUCGCUUCGGCUAAAAUAUCGAGAAAUGAGCAGUUUGAACCAGAUGUUUGAAGGGCCAAAUCACAUUGUCUUUUCAGUCAAAGGUCCCCUAGAUAUUCAUAUAAGUGGUUAUCUAUAUGAUGAUCAUGCCAUACCCACCCAAAUCAAUCAAGGAGUGUAUGUUGGUGGUAAAGAUCGACCUUCUUGCUCACAUGAAUGCGAGACAUUUGAAAACACAACAAAACUUGUUCCAAAACCAUACAUAUCUUCUCCUAGGCUUGUGCUAAACAUGAACGUUCCUACUUUGAUUAAUCUGCCCGCUGAUAGCAUUACAAACUGCAAAGAUAAGAGUAUCAAUAUCUUGUUGCAAGGAGUGACUCAAGCUCAAAUUGAAGCUUUCAGUAGAAGCAUGAACGACAAAGUGAAAGGUGCAAAAUCAACGAUACGGAAGCUAGAUUACCUCAAUGAGAAUGAGAAUGGAGCAAGAGAGGAGCAAGAUGCUAGCCAUGAGACGACUACUCAAGCAAUUGUCCCAAUUGAAGAAUGUGAGAUUGAUGUGAAUCGAGUAAAAAGAUCUACAAGGCAAACCUCUCAAGAAUAUCACGUGCUUUGGUCGAAGAAAAACAAAAGGCACAAGAAACGGAAGGAGAAUGAUGAGGAUGAAAAUGAUCAGAAGAGAUCUGAAAAACAUGGCUCUCUCCAAAUCGUUGAAGCUGAGAUUGAAGCUGAUUUUGAGGAAGCUAAGAAGCUGAAAAGGAAAUCAAAAAAACUGAAACAAGCUGAAGGUGUUUAUAAUAGGGCCCUGGAAGAUCAUACAGUUGAUACCGUGAAAGCUAAAAAACCGAAGAAAAUGAAGGAAAAGGAGUUUGUUCAGGAGGAAGUUAGCUCUGGACGUGCCCUUCUGGAAGAUCAUCCUAUCGAUACCAUGAAAGCUAAAAAACCAAAGAAACGGAAGGAAAAAGAGUUUGUUCAAGAGAAAGUUAGAUCGCCGGAAGCUGCACAUGGGACUGUUAUUUUGGCUUUAGCUUGCCCAAACAAGCGUUAGAAACUUUUGUGUCAUUACACCCUAAAGGCCUAGAGAACAAGUAUAUGGGUUAGUAAGCUUAUGGGGAGCGCUUUCGCAUGAUAGUGUUAGUUAAACUUUUGAAACUUUUGGAGCCAAAGAGAUACUGAUAUACUCUUGUCUUUUGUACUUUGCUUCAACAAUGAUCUUUUGGUGAUUAAUGUCUUUUGUCAAAUGAUGGCAAUUAAAUAUGUAGAAGCUUUA